AUGAUGGUGGUGGGAGAAGCGUUGAUGAGGGAUCUUAAGCUCGUGGUGAGGAAACAAUUACGUUGGGAGGAGGGCCGUUGGCUGCAGAAAACGCGUGAUUGGUUAGCUGCUAUAUUAUCUGUGAGCAUUCUUUUGUUUGUACCGAUGGCGGUGACCAAGGCUCGCAAACGGAAAUGGAUUCAUAAGUACGGAAAAUUUUCAGUUCCCAUAAAGGGAUGGUCAUCAGCCUACGAAGAGUCUCGUUUGAACCCCAAUGAGGGAACUGUUCCAUUGCGCCGAAGUAGCAGAAAGAAAUUCAAAGUAGACCGAUUUGGUGGUGGGGAGGUAACUUCUUCAAGGGAGGACAAGAAGCCUGCAACUCGUAGAAAGCAGCGGAUGCCUACGGACCCAAAAGAGUACUUCCUUGCUAGAGGAAAUCAGUCGGCAGAAAUCGCAUUAUCCUGCUACAAUCAGAAACAUGGAACCAACUUGGAGUUCAUGAGAUUUGUGGAUUUCAAGGAGAGGGAAUUCUUUGGACCUGGUUACUUGUUGAACUUUGACGAUAAAUACUCUAUGUGGAGGCAUGUCAACUUUGAGGCCAGGCCGCCCAAUGACAAACCACUCCUUAUGUUUGCUGAAUUAUAUAAGACGAAUGACAAAUAUGAACUCACCACACUGUCACUUGUGAACCCUUCCCAUGAUGGUCAGUGUUACUAUCUUUGUGCCACUGAGUAUUUGGUGGCUGGUUUCUCUGUUAUGUGGUCUGAUGCUUUCUUACACGUCUUGUGCCUAGCCCUACUCUUGACAUCAUUUUCUAUAUUUGUUCAUGAUUGUGCUUGCCCGAGUUGCGACAUAUCUUCCGUGAUUCAUCCUCUUCAUGGAUUUCGUGCUGGUUUUGUGGCCUCGGAGCCCAGUGAGCCGAAGAUAAUGUCCAAAGAAGAUGCUGUCAAACUGGCUGAGUUCGCAUUGAAGGACUACAAUGAUAAAAAUGUUUUUCUUUUCCCUUCAACUCCCUUUUUCACUCCCCCUCAAUAUGGACCUCAUAAUCACUCUCUGCCUGGUUUCCAGGGAACAACGUUGAAGAUUGAAAGAGCCCUCGAAUGUAAUAGUUUUACGAGUUCUGGUCCAUUGAUGGACUUCACUGUGAAAACCAAACGCUGGGUGCAUAUGAACUUUGAGGUGAAGGUGGGUCCUAAGGAAGAAAUACUUCGUUUGUUUGCUGAACUUUAUCUAUCAGAUGAUAAUACGACGUACGUGCUUGCGUCAUUAUCAGCCACCAGCCCUUCAGAGUUGUUUUGGAAAUGGAAAAAGCGCUACAACAUAGAUAUUGGAUGUCCUAACUGCCCGAAAAGCAUUUACCAUCCAUGGCUUGGUUUUCGACAUGCUUUCAACUGUAUUCCUACUAUUCCCUCGUUGGCAGCAAAGUUCAUAAAGCAAUAGAAUGCAGUGGUAGUUCCUCUCUAAUGUUCCCCGCUUAAUGUUGGCCACUCUUUUUAAUGUCUGGUGUAAAAGAUAUUCUAGUGGUCUUUGCUGUGUAAGUUAUCUUAUGUCACUCUUUUUAAUUAGGUUUUUUUGUAAUAUUGUCACGGUUAAGUUAUCUGAUAUUGUCACCAUUCUAGUGGUAUUUCCGUGGCUUCUUAGGAGUGUGCUUG